GGCGGCAUAUCAUAUGAAUGAUUAUGAUUUUUCUGGACGAUGCGACCCAUCUCAGAGCUUGGGGAAGAUGCACAAGUUCUCCUGAAGAUUUUGGCGACCUCUUUGUGGAUCUUGCUUGGUGGCAGAGAAUAGGCAGCUUCGUCUUCGCCCAGCAAAUCCGAUUUCUGAGGUGACUUCAGUCCUGAUAUGUGCGGAGACUGAGCGAUUUGGUGGGUCGAACGAUUUGGUUGGUUCUUCCCUGGAAGAUGUUGGAUUCAUUUCCUUCGCCAGAACGGCCCUGCCGGCGGCCGCCCUGCGGCCAGCUGUCAGGAAGGAAGAAUAUGAAGUCGACCGACCCCCAAAUGAGCAAGCCAAAGCAAGAGAUCAAGUUCAAACCAAGCUCAAAUGGGCUAUAGAAGCUAUGGGAGUUACGCAUGUCUCUUUUUCCAUGAGAGACACCUGCGGAUCGGUCGGGUACACCGUGCAGGUUUCCCGAAGCGAAGCCAAUUCCUUUGUUCGAACGACGGUCUCUGAAAUGGGGCGGCUUGGACCUUCCAAAAACCAAGCUGACCUGAGCCUGGAGAUGAUGGCCGAUGGACGACGGACCCCAUCCUCCAGGCCCGACGCCUGUGGACCGAGUUUCGGAGGCGGGAGCUACUGGAGCGGCACGAGGAGCAUGAGCGGCAGCUGCGGCAGCUGCGAGGAUGAGGCUUGCGAGCGUGCGAAUCAGUGAAUUUGCAAGGAAGUUAUUUGCGAAUCCUCUAAAGAGGGUGUCAACACGUUGUCA